AUGAACUGGCAGGAUCGCAUCAUCGACACGGAUGUGCUGGAACGGACGGGAAUCCGCAGCAUCUACGCCAUACUGAGGCACAUGCAGCUGCGCUGGAACGGCCACCUGCUGCGCAUGGACGACGAGCGACUACCCAAACGACUCUUCUACGGAGACGUCGCGACGGGUUCUCGUCGUCAAGGAGGCCAGAUUCGCCGUUACAAGGAUACGAUGAAGUUCUUCCUGAGACGCCUGCAAAUCAACCCCACCAACUGGGAGGAGCUCGCACUCGAUCGACCGACCUGGAGGAGGACAGUGAAGACAGGCGCUGCGAUCUACGGAGCCAACCGCAUCGCUGCCGCCAAAGCGAAACGUAAAGCCCGCAAAUCACAACUUCGCCCAGUACGCAACGCCGCCGCACAACCGCUCCCAACGUGUCCUCGAUGUAAGCGGACAUUCCGGGCUCGAAUCAAACUUGUUGGACACCUUCGGAUCAACUGCUCCUCUCGAACUGCACUAACGACCGCCCCCCGCCCGCCUAUUCCUCCCCUCCGCCGCAAACUAACUCCGACAAUUCUUCUGACCCACCACUUCCAUCCUCCUCCUCCUCCUCCUCCUCCUCCUCCUCCUCCUCCUCCUCCUCCUCAACCACCACUGCCCCAACGGCGGCCGCUUAGACGGCCGUCUCGCACAUCACCAAACGCGACACAACAACAGACACCAUCCCUACCUCUCCCGACUCCAGCGAUGAGGAUCAGGACAACACCUGCCCUCACUACGACCGCAACUUCACCUCACACAUCAGCCUGGUCGGUCACUUGCGAAUCCAUCGCACAGAGAUUGGCGAGCCAGUGCGUGAAGCACCAACCUACACCCACCGCACUCGCCUCCACUGCCCACACUGCCCUCGCACCUUCACGCAACGCAUGGGUCUAUACAGCCCCAUGCGCAUUCACGAGAGCGGAAUUGACCACAAUUCUGACACACCCACCACAUCCAACGCACCCACCAGGCCCAGCACCACCCUCGCUCCAUCGCCAUACGCGCCCAGCACCACCACCACCACCACUACCACCACCGCUUCCUCUACAGCUGACAUCGACAACGUCGACCUCUCAUGCCCACACUGCCCACGCACGUUCACCUCACGCAUCGGCCUGGUCGGUCACUUGCGAAUCCAUCGCACUGAGACAGGCGAACCAGUGCCUGGAGCACCAACCUACACCCACCAACCUCGUCUCAACUGCCCACACUGCCCUCGCACUUUCAGGCAUCGCAUGGGCCUAUUCGGCCACAUGCGCAUCCACGAUGACUUGCGGUAG